UUUAAAUUACAACACGGUUUUAAAGAGAUCGAUGAGUACUGUCUAGAGGAGGAAUGUUGCAUCUGCAAUCAUUUAAGGUGGAACUACGAUCCACUAUCGUAUUUUUAGUUGGCACCUUUGUGAACUAAUCUUAAAGAUCCAUUUAGACCCUUAUUUCACUGUAGAAAUUAAGUUAAGUCUGUGUUGUUACUUUGCCAGUUUGAUAGCCACAGUACAUGGUUGUGUUUUCAGGAGCAGUAAUUGAGGAACAAUUUCAAACCUCUCAUGUUGUAUGUUCAAGCUCCCCUUUUCAGCUAACAUUACAUUACUCCAAAUGGAAAGAGAGGUGAUGUACUGCACACACCCAAGUGACUGUCCCCUUUUGCAUUCAGAUGCAGAAGUGUCUCUCUUUUCUCAUGGUUUCCACAACAUACACUCAUACUUUGAGCCAAGCCCACUUAAGGGUGGAGACAUUCUGUCAUGUUUAGUUGUGGUUUGUUUUGUGCACAUCUGCUUUUAAGAACACAAAUGCACCUUGUCCUUCCUUUUGCAUGACCACACCUACAACCAAAACUCAAAACUGUUUCUCCAUUUGUCGCUAAAAUUUUUAAGAAGGAAGAUGAACACUAAAGGCAGUGUUAUAGUCUUAUUCCUCUGUUUCCUGAUUCUGUUUACCUUAACAGACUGUAGCACAUGUCAGAAAAAUAUAUUAGAAGGGGACAGUCUCACUUUUAAACUGACUGACAGGCAGCUUAAGGAUGAUGAUCGAUUCACUAUAAAAAAAGACAAUAAAGUGGUAGUCCCCAAAAGGAAUAGGAAACAAGAGGGACCAGGGAUCGUCAAAAAUGAUUCCCUGGAAUUCCAACAUGUGAAAUUGAAUUAUUCUGGGACAUACAGUGUUGAGGUAUUUGAUGUGAAUGGCACCAACAUAAAAUCAUACUCAGAAAUCGUCUGUGUUUAUGCAAAAGUCCCAAAGCCAAGAGUGAAUAUUACAUGUCAGGAUGAGACAGUUGACUUGAGAUGUGAUGUUGAAGUUGACAAAGAUCAAAGAUCAGCUAUAUCUUACAGCUGGCACAAAAAUGGGAAAGAAUUCAAGAAGAAUGUAUUUAACUUCUCAAUAAAUGUUGAGGAGGAUAUAUUAAAUUAUACAUGUACUGCCCAGAAUCCAGUUCAUAAAAAUACAAGUGAUCCAGUAGAAGUAGCAUGUUCCGAUACGCUCUUUGGUUUAGACCGUUGGACCAUGAUCAGCAUCUUUGCUGGUGGAGGUCUCGUACUGUUAUUGACGAUUGUGCUAGUGACUGUUGCCUGUCGUCAAUGUAAACGCAGAGAGAAACAACAGCGAGAGCUCAGACUGAACUACGUCAACAUCUCUUCAUCUCCUGGUCAACAAAAACAGCAAGAGCAAACAGCAAAACAAAAGGCAAGACAUCAGCUGGUGCUUCCAGACACCUAUGACAAGGUUUCUGCCCAAGAAGUAGCUCAAGCAGGAAGCAUGAAGAAGAAGCGCACUCGGCCUCCACCAGCUCCAAUAGAUGAUGAAGAGGAACAACUUCCACCAUUACCCAAACCGAGGAAAAACGCACCGGUUAAAAAGUGUGAAGGACCGUUGUGAUGGAGGAGAGAGCACACCAGUCAGAAUUAUCAAAACCCAGGAUAAGCAGAUUGCGUCCAAGAUGCUGCAGUAUUAACAGAGUAUUAACACAUACAAGAAAGAAAGAACAAGUCACACCUUUCUGAGCAUCUUUGCACUGGCUGCCUAUGUCUCUAAAUGACUCUGUUACACUUUGGUUUUUAUGGUCAAGCACUAGCUGGUUUCAUCUUCUAUUAAUAAAGAAAAAAAACCGCCGCAGCGGAAACAGCUUUCUGUCACUGUGCACGAAGGAUGUUCAUAACAUCAGUAUCCAGCAUAUG